AUGACCAAGCGCGCUAAGGCUGACACGGGACGAUGGCUGCUGCCACCGGUGGUCCUUCAUGUAGCUCACUACCUCGAUGAAACCAUCGACGUUCUGGCCUUUCUACAUGCGAUGCCAAGUGACGCUCGCGACGAGGCCCUCGAUGCGUGCGUGACUCUCCUCACACGAGCCUACGACAACUUCCUCUGGUCGGACACGGAAGUGUGCACCUUGGCGAAGAUGGACCAAGCAACAGUAAUCCAGGCGCUGCCAGCGUUCCACAAGCUCAUGGUCGUCGAAGAGGCUCAAGUCGUCGCCUUUUGCCGUCGUACACCGUGUCCGCCGAUGGCCAACGUUCGUGCGGCCGUCGACAACGUGCAAGGUCUCCAAUCCAAGUUUGGCACCUGGGUACCGAGCAUCACUGAGCUAUGCAUACAUGUCGAGCGCACGCCGCUGGACAGACGCGUCCUUGAGCGUGAGCUUUCAUCGUGUGCGACUCUUCAGGAGCUCAACAUCCAGUGGGACGAGGCUCCUCUUGAUCAAGUGCAGCUCGACGACGUCAUGGCGGCCGUCGCUGCUUCGUGUCCACACCUCGCCAUUCUGUGCCUCAAUUCCAAGACGAUUGCGAAUUUGCAGUGCUGCAAAAGCCUUUUUCGAUGGUUGUCUCAGCCGACGGCACGCCGGUUCAAGCUCUACGAAAUCGACUUUGCGCCGCGCGCCGCCAAGACCUUGGCCCACGCGCUGCUCGCGUCGACGACGCUCCAUACGAUCAAGCUUUUUCGCGCCUCUAGCGUCAUCAACGCGUUUUUGGAUCCGAGCUCCCAGCCGCUGCCCAACCAACUGCGCAACUUGGCGCUCGAAUUCGGAUCCUCCUCAUUCGAUGCACCGACAUAA